UGCAAAAGGAGAGGGGACAAGCUAGGUUUACCUCAAAAGUGGUAUGGGCAUGUCCCCACCAUCCACACCUAAAAUUACACCCAUGCUUCCCUGGACCCUGACUAUAAUAUGUUUCAGUACGUUUCACUCUUGACAAGCCUUCAGACAGUAGCAUGGCGAAUGGCUUCCAGUGUCUGACUUUCUGUGUUAUUGGCUGGUAGGGAGGGUCGCCCUCUCCAUUCGACAGGAACUUUGGCACCAAGCUGGGGGUGAGGUCAGUCCAAUGGCUCAGUGAGAAAAUGGUGGAGAACUUCAGACAAGGGAGGGUGUUUGCAAAUGCCCCAGAAACUGCAUGUGUGAUCGGAUUAAACAAGAAGCAGCUGUCCUUCAGCCCCGUGACAGAACUCAAGGAGCAGACAGACUUCCAGCACAGGAUAUCCAAGAACCAGUGGUGGUUGCAUCACCGCCUGAUUCUGAAGAUGUUGGCCAGGUACCAGACCAACUUUGAUGACUACGUUACUGGAGAGAUCGAGCACGUGACCCGGCGGUCCAUGAGCAUAGACACAGGGAUCUAAAAAAAACAAACGGCACAUGAGAUUCUAAAAAAAGGAUCAUGUGAGGUUCUGAAAUUAAGCAGGUGAGGUUGUAAAUGAAAGAACAUAUUUCUGAAAAUUUGAAUCCAGUGGUGCAUUUUUUGAAAGCGUAGUUGCUAAAUACGGUAGCUACUUUGUUAGUUGCAAUGCAAUUUCCCAUUGGCAACUACCCAAGUUGCUAAAAACUACACUUUCAAGAAAUGCACUCCAGACCAGUAACAAAUAGCUACCCUGCCUCAUCCAUCCAUGUUUCUCUCCUCGUAUCCACUCCCCCACUCAUCAUCACACCAGAUCGCUCUACACUCCACUGAUGGAUAAUCCGAUGCCCGAAAGUUAAAAACUUUGCCAUGUAUUCACUCUUGCCUGCGCUCUUCACAGAGGUGGGUUCAAUAAUUAGGUGAUCUACCCAUCAUCUACCUGAUCGAUGAUCUGUUCACAUUGUAGAGAAAAGAAAAGUUUACAAUGUGGUGGCUACAAUAAUGCAACUCCCACCCUGUGUAGUAAAACAUACUUUAUUGAUGAUAAAGCAUUUCUGCUGUCAUUUUUACUCUCUAGCCAGGAUUUCAGGCUCUACUGUUUUAUACUCACCAGUACAUGUGCCUAAAAGACCAAGGGACAUUCGUCCCAUCUAAAGUACAACCUGGUGCUACUUAGAGCAGGGUUGCAGUGGCAAAAUAUCCAGGUUCAGAAAGUAAAACACCUUACCUCAUAUUUGUCCAGCAAAGCCAAUUUAUUUAACCUGCUCUCGGGUAGAUGAUAGGAUUAAUGAAUCAACAGAGAGCACAGUCAGAAGGAGUACAUGGCAGGACUUUAACUUUUUCAAUCCGGUGUGUUCACCUCUGUAAGGCCCGACAUGCAAAAGCAAUCUCCAACUUUUAGGACUAAUGUAGCAGUGGCACUGCACUGUUAAAUUAAAUGCAAUGUUAAUGUCCUCUUGUGAAUUCUUUUAUACUUCUUCACAGAAAUGACUCUUACUCAGGAACCUUGUAAAUGUUAUAGGAAAUUUUAUCAGGUUUGAUUUGAGUCAACCGAAGCUCCUGAAAAGGCUGUAGCACCAGGACAGCUCUCAAAGCCAUAUCAAAGAUAAGCAACUUCGGACUGAUUUGAAGGCUUUUACUUGAUUUUAAAUUCGCUGACAAUGCAAUCAUGAACAUGAAUGUGAAUUUUUGCUCAACGGUUUAGGUGAUGAACCUGAGCACAUGGGGCACAGAGGAAAAUGUUAGGAUCUUUGAAAGAAUAUAAUUUUAGGCCUUGUUAUUACUAAUAAUGUUGUAAUGGCUCGUAACGGCCCCUUUUAUUUCUAGAGUCCACUCCUAAGAAUAGACCAAACUAAGCCCAGACUUUACAUUGGGAAAGAGAUUUAGCCAAACUUCCCCUCCUCACCUCUGUACUAGAGCCAGAGCUGUGCUCCCUUUGCUACUGAUAGCAAUUUAUUUGUAAAACUAUACAAUGAGAUAUUGACCACUGUGAGUAAAGAUUGGCUCCAUCCUCUUAGAUUAAGCCAUGACAAUUACAAUAAAUCACUGAUGGUGGAGCUACAUAUAAAGCCUAAAUAAAUAAUAAUACUUACAUGACACUGAGCAUAUAUUCAGUACUAUGGUGAAACGUACACCGUGCAGACUGACUAAUAGCCAUUCCUGUUGUAAAUACCAGCAGUCACUAACCAUAAUGUAACCUGUUGAACGAAGGUUGUCUGUCUCUAUGCUGAUGGUUUUGUCCAUCUACUAGGGCUGUAACGAUACACUCAACUCACGAUUCGGUUCGUAUCACGAUUUUUGACCUACGGUUCGAUACACCCCACAAUUUCUGAAAUGUAUCUCCACUGAAGUUUGGAAACACUAUCACAUCAAAUCAUAAGGUUGUUUUCUGGACUAAUGGGUAAUAAAACUUUGAAAGGGCAUAUCACGAUACUGCCGCCUUGUAUCAUGAUACAGUAUCAUGACUCUGUGUAUCACAAUUUCUCGGUUCGAUACAAUAUCGUUACAGCCCUACUAUCUACUCUGCUGGAUCAGAUAACCAGGGUCCCAAUGCUUGGCUACUGCCAGACCAUUCAUCCAAUUCACUGCCACCAUUUCACCACUCACUUAUCAAGCUGUUGAACACACAUUUCUGGAACAAACCCUCACUAUUUCACAUUACAGUAUGCAUAUAGGCAGCCACAUUGGAACUACUUGAACAAACUCUCUCUGAUCGGUAGUCUUUGCUUGUAGGGUUUUUUUUUCUGAAGCAGUUAUUCAUGUUCCUCAACAUUGAAUAUUAUCAACACCCAAUUUACAUGUAUUCAAUGGUGCUUCUUUGGACAGCUGUAUCUCUCAUGUGUGGCCAAAGUCUAUUAAAUGCAACUGUAUAUUGCUGCAGUCGGGCAAAAUUUGCCUGCACACUAACUUUGUAAGCUUUCAUCGCAAAACUUAUACAGUAGAUUCAUGGCAGAUCUAUCUUGUAUCUCUCACUGUAACUUUAUUGUCUAAUAUAUCUCACACCUAGUGCACUCUAUCUGCUGUGAUGUGUCACCUCACCUGUUUUAUUAUUAGUUUGUGAAAAGGCAAUGGUGUGAAUUGAUGUUUGAUAUUACCUGAGGCACCUUGCACCAGGGGCGUAGCAGCAAAUUCAGGGUCACCCACGCAUAACAUCUCCAGAUAUAUAUCUGACUCUGUGUGGGUCCCCCACAUAUGUGGGGCCCUAGUGACAUAUUCCCACUUUACCCCCAUUACACCGCCCCUUUGCAUAUGCACAUUUAUGAAUCAGACCUUUAAAAAUAUACGCCAAACGGACGAUACUGUAAGUGCAAUAAGUGCAACUGUUCUCGUUUUUUUUAAGUUUUAAUUGUCUGUGAUUAUUGUUGGAACCAAUUUGAUGUCAAGUGUUGUUGUAACACUCCAGUGAGUAAAUGUAUGUGUUCUUAGUAGGACUUCAAUGUGAAUAUAGUGUUCAACUGCCAUGACUGAAUGUCAAUUGUGAUGGAUCUAAAGCAUUUCUGAAUCACGCAUUUUGCCUUUGAUUCCUAUAUUUUUAUUGUUCUCUUUUUCUUCUUCCAAGUAAACAGGCAAACAAGUGUAAGAAUAUAUUUGUGUAAACACUACCAUCUGAAUGUAUUAAACAACAAUAAAUAUCACAGAGAUGACUACUGA